GGCUUGUCUUGUAACCCUUGUUUUUCCUUCUUUAUACCUGUUUCUGGGCGAAGAGUCUAGCAAUCCAAUUAUAUAUAAUAAGUUUUUCAUUUCAUUUCGACUUAACCAAAGAUUUUGAUCUUGACUUUUUCUUUGUUGACAUCACACACUCUAAAAUAAGCAUCCACAAACAGAACUACCUGCAGCACAUAUCUGUUCUUGGCAAAUCAAGAUUCAACAUUUCUGUACACAAAUCUGUCAUCUCUCUCUUUCUCUAGAUCUCUGUAUUGUGUGCCUACUGAUCACUAUCUCUCAAUAAUAUGUUCAUGCCCAAGGGUGCCGCUGGUUGUUGUACGACAAAAGCAGUUUUGGUGACAGUCUACGUCGUUAGGCUAACUAUUGCAAGGAGAAAUUCUUCACCGCAGCGUAGAUUAUUUCACAAUCGUAAUCGUCAAUUGUUUCAGAAUCGUCAUCGCAUUAAACAAGCUGCAAUACAUCAUCAACUUCAUCAUUAUCCUAAUAAUAAAAGUAUAAGUGGUGGUGCAGUCGCUAGAAGAAAAGGUCAAGGAGGAGGAGGAAACGGCUACGAUAGGAAAGCCGAGCUUCUCAAAUAUUCUCAUCGCUUACGUGAGUCAGCUAAAUCAACGGCAUCCACUCCCGUACUACUUACUUCCCCCACUCCAUUGCAAAUUCCAACUAAGAGUAAGCCAGUUGGAGGUGAUAACACGCGCAGAUUUUCAGGAUUUCCUACUUGUUUUGCCAAGUUGAAGAUUUUCUUUAAUGCAAGUUUCUUCAAUUCACUAACAAGUUUUAAUAACUGCAAGAGUAUAGUGACAAGGAAGAAGAAUACGGAACGUAGACGACUACCCGGGGCAACUAAGCUAAAAACUGCGAGAGUACAAAAGAAAUGUACUGCUUUACUUUCUAAGUUGUUCUCGAGGAUCCGAUUAUGUAGGUAAAUUAAGCAUUUACCUGAUGAAUAUAUAUAGUGUGAACACACAAAUCACGAAGGGAUCCGAGUGCUCACAAUCAAUCA